GAUCUGUGGUAGCUAAGCCCCGCCUCCCACAGCGCGCACGGAUCCCUCAGGGAAGGGGUAAUUCGCCUUGGUUGCCCUAGCAACCGCGUGAGCGUCUCAAGAUGGCGGCGUUGUUGCCGGAGAUCCUGUACCAGUGUGACGGACAAGCUCCGGCGCCGAGCAAGGACUUCUAUCAGCUGCAGGUCACUCGCAGCGAGGUUAUUUUCAGAUGGUGGAAAAUCUCUCUCCGAAAUGAAUUUCGUGAAGCAAGACCUGGAGAACUUAAAGAGUCUCAUGAGGACUUUGUGGAUGAUUCAUCUCUGCAAGCUCAGAUCGACACAGUGUUUGGCCAGAAGGUUUUGAGUUACGUCAUUAACCUAUGCCGGGGUCAGUAUGAUUUCUUGGAGCGCCUUUCCGAGUCAUUGAUACUCUACCUCCUGACUUUCUUGGACCUAGAGGACAUUGCUCAGCUUUCCCAGGUCUCUCAUACAUUUCAAAAGCUUUGCAAUUCGGACAAGCUAUGGGAGCACAUUGUGGAAAGAUCUUGUGAUACCGUCACCCCAGAGAUGAGAGCUUUAGCCCAAAGUAUUGGCUGGAAGCAGUUCUUCUUCACCAACAAACUGCAGCUUCAGCUCCAGCUCCGGAGAUGGAGGAAGAAACAGGAAGAGAGUCAAGAUAUCGUCAUGGAAUGACAGCCGAAUUAUCAAGUACAAAGGAGUCACGUCUCCUCAUUACUUCCAAUAUAGGAACAUGUUUGAAAGAAGAACUGUCUGUAUUGCCCAUAGCACCCAUUGGCUGUAUAUUUUAUAAAUUGCUAUGGGGAACAUAGACAGUCCUUCCACAUAGGAAGGAAGCUUUAGACAGCAGAUCCCUCACCUAACCCAGUGAUAUGAUUUUGCUUAUGGCCAGAGUUCUUGCAUGUUAUGUACACUGCAGAUGUUAUUCAGGGUUUAUUCUGUUAAAUAUUUGUGCCUUAAACACAGUGCCAAAAUAAUUUUCUGAUGUAUUUGUUUUUUUUACAUUACAAUGCUUUUGUACCAGAAGCAUCAGUGCGAUUAAAAGCUGAAAUAUA